AUGAAGCCUAUCCUCAUUGUGCUUGUCUUUCUCUUCCUUGGGGAACCAGCGCUGUCAGGUUUCAGUCUAUUCUCAUCAGAAAUACACAAGAAAUGCCAUAAAAAUGGCAUCUGCAGACUCCAGUGCUACGGGAGUGAAAUGUUAGUUGCCUAUUGUAUGUUUCAGCUGGAGUGCUGCGUCAAGGGAAAUCCUCCCUGACAUGAGAAACUGGUGA